UAAAUACUGGAUUUGAAUAUGGAGAAAGCAAGUAAAGCACUGAGACGGAGCGGGGUGAGAAUUAAAUCUAUCGGAAGUGGACACAGUGAACUGCAGAUGGUUAUUUCUCAGCUCAAGGAUGUCAGAGUUGCAUCGAAAGGGUUUGCUACAGCUCAGAGUGCAGCUAUGCAAGAUCUGGUGAAAUGGUCUCUCAAGGAUGAAAACAGAGCAAUUCAGGACGCUCUUACACAAGUUGGAGAACUGUUCUCUAUAUGGACUGAGGUUCAACGAGAAUUCAACGACCAUAUGAAGGAGUUUCGUUAUCAGUUUGAGAUGAUACUGGAAGGUGCCCGGCAGCUAGACGUGGCCCGGUCAACUCUCCUUGGGGCAGAACAGAAGGAAACUAGGAUUAAAAAAGAACUGAAGAAAGCUGCCAAAAAAGCAACAGCAGAGGAGAUCAGAGAAAUGUCGGGAAGAUUAACGGAGGCGGAACGUGAGAAGGAUAUUGCUCAGCUGGAGGUGGUGGACAGGGUCAGGGAACACGAGGUCGUCAAGCUCAUCAGGAUUAAGGAGGGCGUCUUUAAGGUGUCAGAGGCGUACAUUGAUUACGCGCAGAAGUGUGAAGUAAUCUUUGGAGCCCAGCGAGAUAUAGCUCUCCAACUACCUGAUGUUACAGAUAGAGAUAUCCAGGAUAUCAAGUAUACAGGCUCCGGAGCAACUAUGCAGGCGGUAGCUAAGGCUAAAGAUAAGAUAAAACGGUUCCGUCGAGCCCGGAGUUCCACCUCGGUUCCAACUGUAGGGACUGUUGAUGAUCUGCCCCCGCCGUAUUCUGAAAACCCGCCGGUCAACCCGUUUUACAACGAGUAUUUGCACAGUGUAGACGGAGGGAAUGUCUCCUUGAACUCUAGUAGGCGAGGAGACGAGUCUCCAGGAGAUGGUAGACCUCUAGUAGGAUCUCCUCUACAUCCUCAUCAAUAUCCUUUUAACCAACCAUAUUCACCUCUAGGACAUCCUCCGCUCUAUCCCCUGCAUCUUGAUCAAAGAACACCAACCUAUCAGGAAAGUAGCCCGCCCUAUCAGGUGCAGGACCAGUUUAGUCACGUGACCCGGCGCACCCCGCAGCAGCAGGUCGACCCACUCAACUACGUGACCCGGCGCACUCCGCAGCAGGAUCAGUUUAGUCACGUGACGCGCCGUUCCCCACUGAUGCGACGCAACAGUUACUUCUCCGAUGCCGAGGAUGUUACAGAGGCCAUCUCUAGUAUCAACCUCAGCCUCAAUAAGAGAUAAAAAUUUGUUGAUCUUAGAUUGUCAAAUCCGAUGGGGAAAUGUCUUUCCAUAAAAUACACUUGAAAUGAAUUUUAAAAAAUUUAGAUUCCGAGAAAAAUGAUUUUAUAAAAGAUAGUUUAUUUACUAGUCAAUGUUUUAUACAACGCAACCGUCAAGCUUUUUCAUUCCUUCCAUUUUAUAACUACGCCUUUAUCCCUGCGUUUUUAUAGCUUUAAAUAUGUCUUGCUAAAACUCUGAUAGAAACACAACAGUAGACACACAUAUUUCAUUAUAUGUGGAUAAUAUGCUUCACCCCUUCCCUCCUAGUCCUCAAGAAUAAAUUUUUAAUAAAAAAUUUUGUCGAAAAAGAAAUUUAAACAAAAAUAAAUCUUUUUCCGAUUUGGAAAUUCUCAAUACUCUCAACCUAACUUUAAAAAGAAUAUUUUUGUUUAUUUUAACAUUUUGCUACAAAACGACAGCAAUAUUAUUUCCUAAAACAUAUCUACAAAAGAGUGAAAAUACGAUAUUUAAGAUGCAUCACUUUUUAUAAGCUUUCAAUUGUCAUUGUAUCCUGUUAAGUGUUUUAUAUACGUGUAUUAAAACGGAAGAUUAUUAUUGCUUUACUCAUGACUAUAGUUCUGAUCAUGAUAACGCUUUGUAAAUAUGUCAAUGUACUGUUUUUGUGUUUUAUUUUGUUUACAUCUGGCUGAGAAUCAAUGUUGUGAAAUUAUAUAUACAAUAAAUGAAUUUUUGUUACUAAUAAAAAACCCAUUCUAUUUGAAUUGAUUUCAGA